AUGGAGCAGAUCAAUUGUCUAUUGGAUUGGGGAAAGAAUGUUGGUAUUACUUACUCUGAUGAGCUGAAGUUUCGUUCCGAUCAGGAGAGAGGAGUCUACGGCAUCUAUGAAGGAGAUAAUACGCCGAGGCGGGGAAACCUGAGCAUAGAAGUUCCGAAUCAUGCAAUCAUUUCGAAUAACUUGGCUGAAAGAGUUUUUGGCUGGCGUGAUAACGGUCUUCUUAAAAUUGUGGUGUCGCUUUUCAAGUUUGGUGCUGGCGACGAGACAAUUUUCAAGGACCCUGCCAUUCGUGAUCUGCGUGAAAAGUUUUCACCUUACCUAAAAUCACUACCGGAUGUCGUCAAUUCACCGCUACUAUGGAAUCCGUUGGAAAUCACACUCUUAGAACAUACGAACCUAGCUAAUGGUUACAAAGAGAAACUGUUUGAUCUCUUCGGGCAAUGGAUACGUUUGUUAGAUGAGACCCCAACGUUGUCGGACUACAAAGAUUCUGUUGCACAAGACAUUAAAUACUUUAAAGAGUUUCAGCAGUUAGAUGAUGAUACCAUCUAUAAUAAAUUGCUUUUACCUGUUGUUGAGGGUACAUUUCAUCACUGGUGCUCUUUUUCGUCGUUUUUAUGGUCUCAUCUUAUUUUUACAUCCAGAGCAUUUCCAGAAUAUAUUAUCAAUAAAGGUAACUGCGAGCCCCAUGAGGUGAUCUUGCUCCCCAUUUUGGAUCUUCUGAAUCAUGACUACGAAUCGAAGGUUUUAUGGUCCACUGACCGUGGGUCUGCUUUCAUUUAUCAGAACUUGGAGGAUAUUGAAACAUUGAAGCAAGGCCAAGAGAUUUUUAACAACUAUGGACCCAAAGGUAAUGAGGAGCUACUUACCAGUUAUGGAUUUGUUUUGGAAGAUAACGUAAAUGACAUUGUGCUUUUAAAGAUUAAAUUGCCCCUACCUUUAAUCGCCGAAAUUUUAGCUAAAGAGCCAUCAAUCAAACUACCCACUCUUGACGACUACACUACGUAUGCAUUCGAUGACAACUCUACGAAGAUACCGAACUCUGUGUCUGACAUUGAAAAGUACAAAGACGGGAUCAUUUACGUGUUAAACAGCUCAAAUAACGAAGCUUGUCUGGAGCCACUGUUACAGCUUUUUACGUUUAUUUCGCAGCGCCCUUCAGAGUCGUCGGCAGAUUGCGUAAGACCAAAGUUCCAAGGAUUGCAGUCGUUGAGAGUUGCCAUUCAACACAAGUUGAAUCCACUAAGCAAGAAAACACUUCCAGAUUGUAAGCUGAAAGGUAUGUACAGAAUGAGUCCAUACCGCGAAAAAUGUGCCGCCGUGUACAAGAAUGGACAAAUCAGCAUUCUAAAACAGUCAAUCUCAACUCUUAAAAAGGUAGAGGUAGCAUGGUUAAGUCAGUGCAAAUCUUCAUUACUCACGGUGUCCAAGAUCAUGAAGAAUGAUCCAAAGUUUUUUGAAGCAGAACUGGCAUCAUAUAUGAGCGACACAAACUCAAAAGAUAUAACGUUCGACUCAACAUUUGAUCUGCUUGUAUUGUGGAUCGUGAUCAAAAUAAAAAGCAAUACAUUCACAACAAAGCAUUCUUGGGUCAAAGCUCAAUAUCAAAGUUAUGUUGAACCCCUGGAGAAUUCGGAUACAAUCGACGAGGAUAUUGUGGCGUUUCACAACACCUACUUCACAGACACCAGUGCAGUCGAUAUCUCAGAUUUGAAUAAGGCAUUCAAUUUUGUAUCCGAUAACACCUUUACAAGGUCCUCAAGCUCGCAAGAAACCAUCUUGGUGCGGGCAUCUCAUUGA